AUGGGGGGUCGUCCAGCUGCUGCCAAUGCUGCCCGUGAGAGAAACAGAGUGCAGACCUUACGUCACGCUUUCCUGGAGCUCCAGAGGACACUACCAUCUGUGCCCCCAGAUACAAAGCUGUCUAAGCUGGAUGUUCUUAUACUUGCUACAACCUACAUUGCACACCUUACCCGCAGUCUCCAGGACAGCUCCAGCAGCCUCAGUCCAGAUCUUCUUGGGUCUUUACACAGUGGAGAUGGAUACUUACAUCCUGUCAAGGUGAGUUAUAUAGUCUGUCCAUAA